GAAAAGAAGAAAAGUGCCAGCUCACUGGAACAUUAUUGGUGGCUGCAAUUAUUUGUAGAGGCCUAUACUGGACGUCAGCUAGCUGGACCUCUCGUCGAGGAAUGUAGUCUUCAGUUUACGAAGUAUGAUUUCUAAUGCGGAUAGACUUUGUAAUAAUCGUAAUAACUACCUUUUCAACGUGCGACACGCAGAUAUGCGUUUGACUACCUACAAUUGUAAGCCCAUUUAGGCCAGAGCUUCUUACAUUUGUUUCCCUCUUGCCGCCGGAGAAUGCCAGGCAGCAAGAAGAGAGUCUCCUACUUCUAUGACCCUGAUGUGGGCAAUUUUCACUAUGGCGUUGGGCAUCCUAUGAAGCCACACCGCCUGGCACUCACCAAUACCUUGGUCUUCAGCUAUGGACUACAUGAGAAGAUGGAGAUUUGCCGGCCCUACCACGCCUCCCAGCAGGAUAUGUGUCGCUUCCACGACUCUGACUACAUCAAAUUCCUCCAAUCCAUAACACCGGAUAACUCGCAAACCAUUUUGAAAGAUACCACCACGAACUUUUGUGUCGGCGAAGACUGUCCCAUCUUCUCGGGUAUCUAUGAGUUCUGUUCCAUUUACACCGGUGCAUCUCUGGAAGGAGCAAGCAAGCUCAACACUGGGGCGUGCGAUAUUGCUAUCAACUGGUCUGGUGGACUGCAUCAUGCCAAGAAAUCAGAGGCAUCAGGUUUCUGCUACGUGAAUGACAUUGUGAUUUCCAUCCUGGAACUUCUAAAGUACCAUCCCAGAGUGCUGUAUAUAGACAUUGAUAUUCACCAUGGCGACGGUGUACAGGAGGCAUUCUACCUGACGGACCGGGUGAUGACCUGUUCUUUUCACAAAUACGGACGCGGCUUUUUCCCAGGCACUGGGGAUAUGUAUGAGACCGGCUUCGACUUGGGAAAGUACUUCUCUGUCAAUGUACCACUAAAGGACGGCAUUGAUGACAACGGUUUUCUGUACAUCUUCAAGCCUGUCAUCCAGGGAAUCGUGCAGCAUUUCCAGCCCUCCGUUAUUGUUCUACAGUGUGGGGCAGAUUCUCUGGGGUGUGAUCGCCUUGGCUGUUUCAACCUGACGACAAGAGGCCACGGAGAAUGUGUGUCUCUUGUGAAGUCAUUUGGAAUUCCACUUCUGGUUCUGGGCGGUGGGGGCUACACUGUCCGCAAUGUUGCUCGCUGCUGGACUCAUGAGACCGCACUGCUGCUUGAUCAGCCCAUUGCCAAUGACCUGCCAUAUAAUGAGUACUGCGAAUAUUUUGCGCCUGACCUGAUGCUUCAUCCGGAAAUCGGCAGUCGCAUUGAAAAUCAAAAUCCGCGACAGUACUUGGAUCAAAUCAAGAGUAUGAUACUGGAUAACCUGCGUAUCCUGGACUGCGCACCCAGUGUGCAGAUGCAGGUCAUUCCACCGCCCCUGCUACCUCCCAAGGAAACCGAUGACGAAGACAGAGACCCGGAUCAGCGCGAGAGCACCGCCGACAGGGACAAACGAGUGGUUCCAGAAAAUGAGUUCUAUGCGGAGAGUGGCGAUGGGGACAGGGAAACCUUCCCGGUCGAUCUUGCUGCGGCUACUAAGAGCAAGUAAGCCUACACACAGCUGCUGCUCUGUAUAUGAUUACGUAUAUGAAACGAACAAAGAACAAAUAAGCAACAAAGAGCAAAUAAGCCUAGCUGCUGCUCUGCAAGUGAUGAUAUGAUGUAUAUACACGUGUACCAUCAUGUAUAUCUACUACAUAUGUGCACUGCAUUCGUUUUUCUUGUAAUGCUUCGGAGCUGCAUCCCCAAUUGCACAUUAUUUUGCAUGUCCCGCAAGCAGAUUUGUGUACAUAUUUUGAUCCCAAGUGUCAUUGUGUUCUUGUGUUGUAUAUUGUUACUACUUUUCUCAACCGUAUUCGAUUAUUUACUCAGCAACUCUGCUUGUACAUUUCUACGUGUAAGUACUCUUUAGUGGAGUAUUGAUCCCCCAGCCUAUUGUUCACCCUGAGAUCCAGUGUGCGACUCCCCCAGUGUGCUUGACUUUAUUUGGAUUCUAUUCUACACAUGCUUUGAGUAUCAUGAAUGUGUUUGUGUAUUAUAUGUGUGAGUUUUCUAUUGCUAUUGGUUUGGAUUUGAUUCGACUCUUUUAGCAGCACUGCUUUCACCGUU